GAGCUUAAAUCCUCUUAGGAUCCAUGCUCUAUUUGUGUUUGGUCCGACCAUGAGGCCUGUAGCCUCUCUUUUGAAAUCUCCAUUAGACCAAGCUCAUUGGCUGAAAAGACGCACGCAUGCACACGAAAACACACACCGUCCAACAAUAGACAUCUCAUUGAACUAAGUGAGUUUAAAUCAGUCCAAGGUACGCCACUGACACAGGCACGACUUCACUGUGACUACAGGAGGCCGGACUGUCUACCAAUAAGCAAACAAGAGACAUCUGAAGGUAGCUCACAAGAAAAAUGUCUGGCAAAGUGAUGGAGAUGGAAGAGGUUGUGACACAAACAGGUCCAAAGGGAGUGAUCAAUGACUGGAGGAGGUUUAAGCUGGAAAGUAUGGACCAGGAAAACCUGCCACCUGCCAAGAGGGAACUGCUGAGACAGAUGUCCUCCCCACACAGGCCCAAAGAUGACUCUAGAGCAAGCCUAAACCGCAAGAUGAGCGUCCAGGAGUAUGAACUGCUCAAGGACGAGGAUGAGGCAUGUCUCAAGAAGUAUCGAAAGCGCUGCAUGCAGGAGAUGCACGAUAAGCUCAGCUUUGGGCCCAAGUUUGAAGGUGUGCAUGACCUGGACAGCGGGGAGGCCUUCCUACAAGUCAUCGAGAAGGAGCACCACAGCACGGUGGUGAUUGUCCACAUAUACAAGGUUGGAGUCAAAGGUUGUGAGCAGCUCAACAACUGCCUUGACUGCCUGGCUGCUGAAUACCCAACCGUAAAGUUCUGCAGGAUUGAUGCAGUCGCGUCGGGGGCUGGUGAGCGGUUCUCAGAUGAAGUUUUGCCUACGCUGCUGGUGUACAAAGCUGGUGAGCUAAUAGGGAACUUCCUGGCCUGCACAGAGCACCUCAAUGAGGAAUUCUUCGCCACAGAUGUGGAAGCCUUCCUCAAUGGCUAUGGCUUGCUGCCAGAGAAAGAGCUGCAAGGGCCGGCUGAUGAUGAGGAGAAUGAUGUAGAGUAAACAAGGACAAUGGCUGCUGAGGAGGCUAGGGAAAUGUGUUAGAGAGCAGGAUGGGGUCUGAUAACAGGCAAGUUUUUUGAGCUACAGUGUAUAGAGAAACCAUAAAAUCUCCACAAGCUCACCAGUGUUCGAAAAUUAGUCCCUCAGCUGUUGCACAGGUUCAAAAAACCUUAGCAUCUCAAAUACGAGGAUUUUACUUACGGGUACAGGUCAAGGUUAUGUGAUGAGGUGUUUAUUUACAUAUAACAUAAAUCGAAAAAAAAAAAAAUAACCAUGCAACCCAGUGUUUAUUUUCAAUGAUUCCAUGCCAAAAACUAGAAAAAAGAAAUAAAGUAUUUUGUAACUUUACAAAAUACUUUACUUACACACUGCAUUUGUUUGUAAAACAAAAAAGAAACAGAUUAUUUAUUUGUAGAUUUUUUGAUUGAGUUUCAUAUGUAUAUCUUGUACAGAAUUCAUUUAUGGAUCCAAGGUUCAUAUAAGGUGAAAUACUAGAAGUGAUAUGUGGAAUAUGUGAUAUGUGAAACAACUAAUAAAAUGUCUUCAGCUAAAUGGAGCAUCAGCUGGAAAAUAAGGAGUGAAAGUAUGAAACACUGGAAACACUGAGCAGAAACAUCUUCCUUCUGUCCAGGUCACUUAUCUACACUGUCAGCAACGUCAUCAGAAUGGAGUGAAUCCAUUUCCUGUAUAUAUUUUGUGGAGGUGGCUAAAGUCAUGGAAAUGUCCAAAUUCUGUUGUCAAGGAAACACACGAGGGCUUGUGGGUUUUCUUCCUGUUAAGUGUGACAUGGAUUUUCAGCAUGAUUCUCAGUACCGUCCCCGUAUGAAAUAUUCAGUUGUCUACUGGAUUAUGAUGGAAAAUGUUAGACCUGUUGUUCAAAAAUAUAUUAAAAUAAAAAUAAAAUAAGAUAAAAUAGUA